CGGCUGCACUUCUACGAAUACCCCGCGUUGACGAAAACCCUCGGGAAUUUCAAACUCAGUGUUGAAAAAGGGAGUUUUUCAGACUCUGAAAUAGUGGUUAUGCUGGGCCAGAACGGCACUGGCAAGUCAACCUUCAUCAGAAUGCUCGCUGGCUUGCUGUCGCCAGACAACUCGGAGGCGCUGCCGAGUUUUGCAGUUUCUUACAAACCCCAAAUUGUCACUGCCAAGUUCCAGGGCACUGUCAAGGAGUUGUUUUACGCAAAGAUUCGCGACGCGUUUAAUCACCCUCAGUUCCAGACCGACGUCGUGCGGCCUCUCGACCUGGAACAAGUCAUGGACCAGCCCGUGCAGCUUCUCUCCGGGGGAGAACUUCAAAGAGUGGCUCUUAUUGUGGCUUUGGGAAAACCCGCAGACAUUUAUUUAAUUGAUGAACCCUCAGCUUACUUGGACUCUGAACAGAGAAUUGCAGCCAGCAAAGUCAUCAAACGGUUCAUUUUGCAUGCAAAGAAGACGGCGUUUGUGGUUGAACACGACUUCAUAAUGGCGACUUAUCUUGCAGACCGAGUCAUAGUCUUUGAGGGCGAGCCAGGGCAAGGUUUGCUGCGCGGCGAGCUCGCCGGACAGCCUCGUGAGCGGCAUGAACCGCUUUUUGAGGGUUUUGCAAAUUACUUUUCGAAGAGACCCUUCGAACUUCAGACCUCGAAUUAA